AUGGAGGCCGCCUCUGCGCGUGCGGCAGCUCGCGACCGCUGGGGCGAGUACGGCGGCCGGACGCCGUCGCAGCUGGAGCGCUACAUCCACUCGGCGUGCAGCCCGGACAACUACGAACCCAACCUAGCGCUCAACCUCGAGAUCUCGGACCUGGUCAACCAGAAGAAGGGCGCCGCACCGCGCGAAGCUGCCACCGCCAUUGUCAACUUUGUCAACCACCGCAACCCCAACGUCGCCCUGCUCGCUCUCGCCCUACUCGAUAUUUGCGUCAAGAACUGCGGCUACCCCUUUCACCUGCAAAUCAGCACCAAGGAGUUCCUCAAUGAGCUCGUCCGCCGCUUCCCCGAGCGCCCGCCGCUGCGCGCCACGCGGGUUCAGGCCAAGAUUCUCGAGGCCAUUGAGGAGUGGCGCAUAACCAUUUGCGAGACGAGCCGCUACAAGGAUGACUUGGGCUUCAUUCGGGACAUGCACCGGCUGCUGAGCUACAAGGGCUACAUGUUUCCCGAAAUUCGACGCGAGGAUGCCGCGGUGCUAAAUCCAAGUGAUAACCUCAAAUCCGCCGAAGAAAUGGAAGAAGAGGACCGCGAGGCCCAGUCCGCCAAGCUGCAGGAGCUUAUCCGCCGCGGCACCCCCGCCGAUCUACAGGAAGCCAAUCGCCUGAUGAAGAUUAUGGCUGGCUAUGAUACGCGUUCCAAGACCGACUACCGCGCCAAGGCCGCCGAGGACGUGUCCAAGAUCCAGGCCAAGGCGCGUCUCCUCGAGGAGCGCCUGGAAGCGUUCCGGCCCGGCGACAAGAUGACCGACGGCGACGUUUUCAGCGAGCUCGCCUCGGCGCUGCAGAGCGCGCAGCCCAAGAUUCAGAAGAUGUGCGAGGAGGAGUCGGACGAUCACGAGGCUGUCGCCAAGCUGCUUGAUAUCAACGACAGCAUACACCGCACCGUCGAGCGCUACAAGCUCAUGAAGAAGGGCGACCUCGAGGGCGCCGCCAAGGUGGCCGCCGGCGGGCCCGCGCCCUCGCAGACGGCGACGGUAGCCGCCGGACCGGCGGGUGAGCUCUCGCUGAUUGACUUUGACGCCGACGCAGCCGAGGCCAACGGCAGCAGCUCGGCGCAGCCCGGUGGCGCAGCUACGCAGGGCAUCGAGAACGACCUCCUCGGACUGGACAUUGGUGGGAGCUCCGGCAACUUUGGUCAGGGCGGCAGCAUUGCGCUUGGGUUUGGCGCCAAUCAGAAUAUCCCCGGCCCUGCGCUGCUCUCCUCAUUAACAGACAACAGCACCGCCAGCACCAACAACACUACCAUGCCCGCCUCGAGCAGCAACCUCAGCAACCAGUUCAUGUCAUUUGCGUCCCCAUCCGCAUCGCAGUCUACCACACCCAACCCCACCGCCCCCGCCAUCGCCGCCCCCCCUCCUCCAUCUGCCUCUGAUCCCUUUGCGGCCUUCAUGUCGCAGUCCAGCAACAGCAGCGCCGCCGGCAAGCAACCCGCUGCCGCUGAAGACGACGAGUGGAACUUUUCCUCUGCGCUGCCCGAAACGUCCACAGCGCAGCAGCAGCUGCCGCGCGAGCACCGGGGCAUCAUCACUGACGGCAGCAUCCGCGCCGAGUUUCUCGCCAACCGCGCAACAGCGUCGUCAUCCGCGAUUGACAUGGUGUUUUCAUUUUCGAACAAUACGGCGCAGCCCGUCUCGGAGCUACAUUUCCAGCUCGCCGUAACAAAAGGCUACGAACUCAAACUUAAACCUCAAACGGGCCGUGACCUCGCCCCCAAACAGAGCAAAGGCAUCACGCAGCACGUCGCCAUUCAUCACGCUGGCGGCGGGGCGUCGUCGCAAAGGGUCGAAUCGGCCAAGCUGCGAUGGCGGGCGGCCUACAAGGUGGGCGGCGAGCAAAAGGCAGAGACGGGAGAGAUUUCUGAGUUUAGCAUUGCGUGA